AAAAAAAAAAAAAGCAAUCAUUGUGGAGUCUGCAGUGAUUACCUACUGAUUUGACUUGUUCUCCAACUCCUCCAACCUCUCUUCCAUCCCUACCUCGCUUCGGAUCCUUGCUAUAAAUCUUUUCUUUUUCCUUCGAAUCCUGGGGUUACCUCAAGAGGACAUCCAGCAGCUUUCGAAGUCGACAUCCAGAUCCUUGCACCUCAUAUCCCAGCACCACUCGCACAAUCCGAAGUACAUACAAACUAUACACCGCCGAAAUGAGCCCUCCUGCCGCUUUGGACAACGACUCGAGGGGCGUUGCAGGCGCUCCGUCUGUUGCUCCUUUGACUGUCGAGGGCAUUCCUGCGUUGAGAGCCAAGUCGGCUCCCAUUCCCACCGGUGUUGCGCCUGCCACCAGCAGCGAUUCGUUCAAGAGCCCGGCCUGCUACACGAAGCCCAAGGCGAAGCGAUGGGAUAAUUUGCUUACUUUGGAAUCCAAGUCUCGCGGAAUCAGCACGCUGAAGGGCGCUGCUAAGUACCUUAAGAACCCUGGUCUUAUCUCCCUUGGCGGUGGACUGCCAUCCCCGGAAUACUUUCCCAUUGAAGAGAUCGACAUCAAGGUUCCGACACCGCCGGGAUUCUCUCCUGAAGCCACCAGAGAGUCUGGUACGGUCCUGAAGGCUGCAAAGAACGACGUUCGUAACGGAAAGAGCUUGUAUGAUCUUGAGGUCGCUCUUAACUAUGGCCAGGCCACGGGCGCUCCUCAGUUGCUCCGAUUCGUGACUGAACACACCGAGCUCAUCCACAACCCCCCAUACGCUGACUGGCAAUGCUGCCUGAGCGCUGGCAGCACUUUCUCGUGGGAUGCAGCACUGCGCAUGCUGUUAGAGAGAGGAGACUAUCUUUUGGUGGAAGAGUACACCUUUUCCAGCGCCCUGGAGACUGCUUUGCCACAGGGCAUUAGAAUAGCAACCGUGAAGAUGGACGACGAGGGCCUCUUGCCCGAGUCGUUGGAUGAAGUGAUGAGCAACUGGGAUGAGGCUGCCCGGGGUGCUGGCAAGCCCAAGGUGCUUUACACAAUUCCUACGGGACAGAACCCCACUGGCGCCACCCAAUUGGUGGAGCGACGCAAGGCCAUCUACAAGGUUGCGCAAAAGCACAACUUGUAUAUUAUUGAAGAUGAGCCUUACUACUUCCUUCAGAUGCAGCCAUACGCGGGUGCCCACGGCGAACCUGCGCCACCACCUGCAAACCACGAAGAGUUUAUCAAGUCUCUCAUCCCAUCUUACCUGAGCCUGGACGUUGAUGGACGUGUUCUCCGCCUCGAGUCAUUCUCCAAAGUCAUCUCUCCUGGUUCGCGAACCAGCUGGGUUGUUGGUUCCGAGCAAAUUAUCGAACGAUUCAUUAGAUGCGCUGAGGUUUCCGCCCAGCACCCCAGCAGCAUCUCCCAGAUUGUCCUCUUCAAGCUUUUGGACGAGCACUGGGGUCACUCAGGAUACCUUGACUGGCUGAUUAACCUGCGCAUGGAGUACACGAAGCGCCGAGACUCCUUGGUUCACGCUUGUGAAAACAAGGUUCCCACGGAAAUUGCCCGCUGGGUUGCUCCUGCCGCAGGAAUGUUUCACUGGAUUGAGGUUGACUGGAAGAAACACCCUGACGUUGCCGCAGGCAAGUCCCACGACGCCAUCGAGGAGGAGAUUUUCACUGCUGCCGUUGACAAUGGUGUGCUAGUAUCUCGUGGUAGUUGGUUCAAGGCAGACCGCGCCGUUGAGGAGCACAAGAUGUUCUUCCGCGCUACAUUCGCCGCAGCUUCGGCGGAUCAGAUUGAGGAGGCAAUUGCCAGAUUCGGUGAUUCCCUUAGAGCCCAAUUCCGUCUUUGAGCGAUGAACCUGGGGGUAAAAAUAUAUAAUAUUGACGACAACGAUUUAUAAAAAACGGUUUAGAUAGAUGGAUAUACCUGGUUUCUUGUCAAAAUAAAACAAUUAGCAUCAGGGCUUAAUGAUUUACCGUCCUCAAUAUGAAUUUACGCCACACAUUCCACGGGAUAUAAUCGAGUAGCAC